CUAAGAAUCCUAUUAGCAAACAACGAUAUCGAUAUUAUUUCUAUAAACGAAACAAAACUGAACGAGAGCAUUCAAGAUCACGAAGUUCAUAUUCCGGGAUACGAAAUAAUUCGCCGCGAUAGACUUACGAAAGGCGGCGGGGGGGUAUGCUUCUACGUUAAAAAUUCAAUCAACUUUACAGUACGAUCUGAUCUACAUAUGGAUGCAUUAGAGAAUCUUUGCUUGGAAAUCCAUAAGCCAAAAACAAGACCUUUUGUGAUUGUUACGUGGUAUAGACCACCUGACUCUCCUAUUGGCAUUUUUUCACCUUUUGAAUCCCUAAUUGGGAAAUUGGAUAGUGAAAAUGUAGAAUUUUUUGUACUGGGAGACAUGAACUGUGACAUGGUCACUGCACGAUAUGACAAUGAUACAUCCAAAUUAAAGAAUAUUGCUGAUGUUUACGGACUCGAGCAACUCAUCGCUGAACCGACGAGGACAACACCCACCUCGUCAACUUUAAUUGAUUUAAUUUACACCAACUGCUCGGAUAAGAUCGCCUGUUCGAGAGUUUGUCAUGUUGGGAUAAGGGAUCAUAGCAUGGUGUAUGUUUAUAGAAAACUUGCUCUGAACGGGAUGUCGAAUGGACAUAAUUCAAUAACAUACAGAAAUUUCCGAAAAUUCGAUUGCCAAAAUUUUCGAGAUGAUAUUCAGUCUCAAUGUUGGAAUAAUGUAUAUGAGUCUUCCGACCCAAACGAGAUGUGGCAGCAAUGGAAAUGUACAUUUCUAGCUAUCGCUGACAAACAUGCCCCACUGAAAACGAUGCGCGUUCGUUCACGAAGUUCUCCGUGGAUUACCGCUGAGUUGAAAGACUUGAUGCAUAAUAGAGAUAUAUUAAAAAUCAAAGCAAUCAAAACAAAUGAUCCCAACGAUUGGGCAGUGUUUAAGAAACAAAGAAAUUUAGUCAAUAAGCAAGUACGCUUAGCAAAGCAAGUUUAUUACCAAAAUAUUUUUAACAAGCACACUAGCGACUCCCGAAAGACCUGGCAGACUAUAAACGAGCUAACUUCACGUUAA